UCGCUGUUCGGUUGUAUUUUUUAGUGUUUGUCAUCCAGUAACGUUCGGUGGCAAGAGCAUCGUAUGAUUAUUCCGGCAGUUUGAAUGUGUGCGGUAUUGCAAAUUUAUUUUUAGCAGAAUUUGUCGGGUUAAAAUAGUGAUUUUUUGUUCAAUUCGACAGAAAGUAAUUCACAGUGAAUUCAAUAGGACUUAUAAAUUUGUUAUCGGAAGUGAAUAAAUAGAAUAUUGUACUAGCCAUUGUGCUAGAAUCAAGCUAGAAAAGUCUUGGUUAAUGCCGUCAUAGUUGAAGAUUGGUGCGAAGGCGAAUGCCGUAAGAAUCUAUUCAUAGUGAAAAGAAACAACAGGCAGAAAAUCAUCCGAUUUGUGUUUGCCACAUAAACAUACUUUUGUGCGAUUUCUCCUCGCUCGGACGUUCACUCGCAUAGGCGCGUUUCGUACGCUGAACUCUCACCGUACAAAGGAAGAAAGAGAGGAGAUCUGUUUUUUGACAGAUCUCAUUGUUUACAAUCGCCAGAUUCCGGUAUAAUAGUAAGUUCCUGUGAAUGCCUUCUAGCCAAGGUUACCGCAAAGUAGCGUCCGAUCCGGUCGAUCCGGAGCCACUUUUGAACGAAUCGCGUCUGGCACCAGCCACCGACGACGGCACCAUGUCUCAGCAGCAGACCGUCACCGGAAACCCGUCCGGGAAGCUGCCGGCCACCAACUCUCAGCAGCGGCUAAUGCCGGUAGAUUCCGACAGUGUGUCGUCAUCACUAGAUGAGGCCGAUCCGGAUGCACCGCCGGGUCAUCGGCAUCUCACCCGGCUGCCGGAGAACGAUAGCGAACUGGUCAUCACGACGUCCAGCAGCGUAACCCGAACGGCGUGGUUCACAGUGGCCGUGUUGUGUUUUGUAAACCUCAUUAACUACAUGGAUCGAUUCACGAUUGCCGGCGUACUGACAGACAUCCAGCUGCACUUCAACAUCGGCGAUGACGAGGGCGGCCUGCUGCAGACGGCUUUCGUCCUAUCGUACAUGAUCUGUGCGCCACUGUUCGGCUAUUUGGGCGAUCGAUAUUCACGCAAAUGGAUCAUGGCGCUCGGUGUGUUUCUGUGGAGUACCACGACCCUGCUGGGUUCGUUUAUGAACCACUUUGGUUGGUUUAUCACCUUCCGGGCGCUGGUCGGUAUCGGUGAAGCAUCCUACAGUACGAUCGCACCGACGAUCAUCUCCGAUCUGUUCGUCGGGGAUAUGCGCUCGAAGAUGCUGGCGCUGUUCUACUUUGCCAUUCCGGUGGGGUCCGGCUUUGGCUACAUCGUCGGUUCGGAAAUGGCAAAAGCGUUCGGUUCCUGGGAGUGGGCACUGCGCGUUACGCCGGCUCUCGGCAUCGUGGCCGUCAUGCUGAUCGCAAUGCUCAAGGAUCCGGAACGUGGUCAGAGCGAAGGAACGCACCACAUGGAGGCAACCUCGUACCGGGAGGACAUCAAAGCGAUCGUGCGCAAUCCGUCCUUCAUGCUGUCGACUGCCGGCUUUACGUGCGUGGCAUUCGUUGCCGGAGCACUGGCCUGGUGGGGACCUAAAUUCAUCUAUCUCGGACUGGUGUCCCAGCCUGGAAACGAAAAUAUUACCCUGAAUGACGUUUCGUUCGUGUUCGGUGCUAUCACGAUGACGACCGGUAUUAUCGGCGUUCCGCUGGGAUCCUACUUAUCGCAGCGCUUCAAAUCCAAGCAUCCGCGGGCGGAUCCGUGCAUUUGUGCGUUCGGGUUGAUUCUGAGUGCACCGCUGCUGGCCAGUGCCAUGUUUUUCGUCAGCGCGAAUGCCACGCUAGCAUACGUUUUAGUAUUUUUCGGUGAGCUAGCACUGAAUCUCAAUUGGGCAAUUGUGGCGGAUAUUUUACUGUAUGUUGUCGUGCCGACGCGUCGCUCUACGGCGGAAGCUUUCCAGAUUCUGAUUUCACACGCCUUCGGCGAUGCCGGCAGUCCGUACUUCGUUGGAGUGAUCUCCGAAGCAUUCAAGCGAUUGCUACGGCUUUCGACAAACGGUCUAUCAACGGUGUUCCCGAACGACCUGGCCAGCUACUCGCAGCUAGCUGAGAAUGCCACCACGACGAUUGCGCCCACGGUGGAAGCAUUCCAGCACAAUCUAAACGACGUGAACACUCCGCUGAACGAGUUCCGUGCGCUACAGUACGCACUGUUUUCCACCAGCUUUGUGGAAAUCAUCGGCGGAGUGUUCUUCCUGCUGACGGCAUUUUACAUUAUACGGGAUCGACGAAACGUGGAACGAGUAGUCGCAGAACACCAAACCGUAAAUUCAUCGCAACGUUUGGAAAAUUCCACCUCCAGUUCCUCUAUGUCGGAUUAAUAGUAGUAGAGCAGCUCACCUAGCAGCAAUAGUCGUUAAGCCGUUGUAAAAACUCCCCCAAUGAAAAGUAUUUGGGGCAACUAAUUAUUAAGUAAAAUGUCUCCAUUUUGUGCAGACUCUACGAGCGUGGUAAGAAUAUGUACAUAUAACUGAAUCUAGCAGAUUAUCAUAUACAACAAUUGAACCGUUCUGGUCGAGUAUUCGAUAGUAGGCGGUCUGUAGGGACUUGCCAUUGGAUCGGUUACGUUUUCUAUUGGUCCUCUUUCCUUACUGUAGACUCCAUUGUCAUCUCCACUGACGAAUUAGGAAGGGUUGGGCAUGAAUAGCGAGAGAAAAAAAAUACUAAUCUUUUAGUAUGUUAUUGCAACUAAUUGUCGGAUGAGAAAGACUUCCGCAUUCUUCAAGUCCCAUAAAGUGCCCAAUCGUUGGAUCCUGUAUUCCUACAGUUCGAAUUCUAGAUCAAAAUACCGCACAGUUUGAUAUUGUUACCAAUUCAUGUGCUCAAAAAGCUACAGCAACUCUAAGAGCAAACGAAAUUAAAUUGUAAAUACAUUCGAUAUCGGGAUUCGUAUUAUAAUGGAAAAUAACCGUAAAUUAUCUGACUUAUUCAGAAAGAGAUUCAGACAUUUCUGGUACUGAUUUAGCUGAAAUUUAAAAUGCAAUGAGAAUAAAUAAGAUGCACCCGCAUGGACUGAUUGCUUAGGUUAACUGUACAUGAAGUAGCUGAUAGAUUAGUUUUCAAAUUAUUACUAUUAUUAUUAUUAGCUUUUUUUGUUUUAUACGCUGCUUAUUCGAAAAAGUGUUGUCCGGUAUAUCUCGCUAACAUUUGAAAAAAGAUUGUAAUCACGUUUUACGAACUCGAAAAAAAGUUCGAAUCUGUGGCAAUUUUUUGAUUGUCCCUUCUAAGAAAAGCAUUUGAUAAACAUGGAAGCACAUUUCUUAGCAGCAUUGAACAUUAUAGCAUUCACAGUUCCGCAGGAUUAUCGGCUAACAACAAAAAUACGACUGUUGAAUUUUAUGAAAUUCCUUUCGUUUGAACACAACUAGAUAACAUCACACGUAAAAAGUUUUCACUUGAAAAAGUAACGCUUGAGGUUAGUUUUUCAUUGUUUCUGUGUUUGGCACCGCUGUUUUCCAUUAAAAUAAUUUAUCAAUUUACGUAAGCACGCUUCAGGUUUUCCCCUUCUCCUCAUUGUUUUUGAAUGAGAAUUUUCUUCUGAAAUAAUAUGCAAAGUUUAGAGUCACCUUGCUGUGCUGUUAUUGUUUCUUUUUAUCCGGGAUUUUAUGUAAGGAUACAGCAAAACAUAAAGAGUAACAUAUUCGUUAACGUAGCGCUAAAUAUUUAUUGGUCACUUAUUCAGUAGUUUAGCUAGUUAGUUUAGAGAAAAGGAUGCGCGUUAACAUAGGUAAGAUUGUGGAAUAUUGAACAGUUUGUUAUUUUGUAAACAAACAAAUCUACGAAAAAAAUUAUCGCAAAAGAAAUACAGCA